AUGGUGGCCCGAAACAAUGGACGUGAUCUUUUAACAGUUUCCCUGAUCCUAACCUUAGCUUUGUUUCGCAUGGCGGAAGCAAACUCCGAUGGGGACGCUCUUUACGCGCUUCGCCAGAGCUUGUCGGAUCCACAGCGCGCUCUCGAGAGCUGGGAUCCUACUCUUGUCGAUCCAUGCACUUGGUUCCAUAUCACCUGUAAUGGAGACAACCGUGUCACUCGAGUGGAUUUGGGGAGCUAUCAGCUUUCUGGACAUCUUGUACCGGACCUUGGGAAACUCGACCAAUUACAAUAUCUUGAGCUGUACGAAAACGACAUCCAAGGAACUAUACCUUCUGAACUUGGAAAUCUCAAGUCUCUGAUCAGCUUCGAUCUCUACAAAAACAGUCUCACCGGCCAAAUCCCGCCUUCUCUCGGAAAUCUCAAGUCACUCCUCUAUCUGAGGCUUAACAAUAACCAUUUGACCGGUUCAGUUCCUCCAGAAGUCACGUCUCUCCCAAACCUGAGAGUUCUUGAUGUCUCAGGCAAUAAUGUUCCUCCUCUUAAACGCAUUCCUAUGCACAAAUUCGAGAACAAUGCGGGAUUGAAAGGCAGGAUCUUGCGAGCUGAAAGAAGUUAA